AUGAUCUGCUCUUCAUGCCGUCGAACGCUUCUAUCUCACCUGCCAGGCAGGGUAAAUAGCACCCCUCCGAUUCGAUACACGUCUACCACACCCUCCACAUCACCUGCACCCCGUCAACCACCACCCAACAUCGCCCUCCCAACUGCGAAGACCACCUCCUCGGCUAUCUCCUCGAACUCUCCGGGCAUUUCACAACCUCUCAGCACACCCAUGCUGCCCAGCACAUCCAGCGCCUCAAGACCUAACCAAGCGAAGCCAUCUAAGCAGCAAAAACUAGUAGGCUCAAUACCCGGUGGCACGCCACUACAAGGACUGGGAUAUCUGAAAGCCAAGCCGACUAUAGUCGCGAAAGAGGACGACGAGUAUCCGGAUUGGCUGUGGACGUUACUGGAGCCCGAGGCUGGAGCGGCGACGAAGGGUGAAAAAAGCGCAGCUGAUAUUGCUGCACUACCAAGAGCAGCUCGCGACAAAUAUACGAAGAAGCAGGCCAAACUUCUCAAAAAUGUGCCCAAGCCGAUUCCUCUUCACGAGCAGAGUAAGGAUCUGACCCGGCCGGGGGAGAGCGCGGUGGUGUCGAUGCAGAGACGGCAAGAAGUUGUGCGCAGCUCGAGAAAUGCUAGACGGAAGGCUAUCAAGGAAGAAAACUUCUUGAGAGGGUUGUAA